AUGACUGUAUGUGAGCAUUGUGGUCGUCGUCAUUAUGUUGUUGUUGCUGCUACACCUGCUCCGGCUUGGGAGAGGGGUCAUGGCAGAGGUAAUGGUGGUAAAGGUGUUGGUCAGCAUGAAGCUACUCAGAGUGUUAGAGAGUCAGGGAUUCUUGUAGAGACAUCUAGGUUGGGUGUUAUGGUUAAGAGCCCUCUAGGUGAUAGUGUAGUGGUGGAUCAGGUUUAUUGUCGUUGUCCUCUGAUAGUUCAAGGACAGGUGUUUCCUGUAGAUCUUUUAGAAUUGUUGUUUUGGGGGUUCGACGUUAUCCUUAGGAUGGAUUGGUUGACCAAGCACCAGAUGAAGGUUGAUUGUGAGCUAAAGAUGGUGACUUUGUGUUGCACAUAUGAUUCUGAAGUUGUUGUUGUUGGAGAAAAGUUUGAGUUUUUUUCUAAUGUGAUUUCUUCACUUAGAGUCGAGAAGUUGGUUCAGAAAGGUUGCGAAGCUUAUCUAGCCUAUGUCCUGAAUGUCGAUGGUAAAGAGUUGAGGUUGGAUGAGAUUCGAGCUAUCUGUGAUUUUACGGAUGUGUUUCGUAAGGAGUUGCCUAGUUUACCGCCGGAUAGAGAAGUUGAGUUUGGUAUUGAGCUCUAUCCCGGUAGCUCCGGUGUCAAUUGUGCCUUAUCACAUGACACCUAA